AUAUUUAUUUAUUGUAUUAUUUUUUUAUAUUUAAUAUUUAUUAUAAUAAAUUUUGCCAAUAAAAAAAAUAUUGUGAUUUUGCAGUUGAAUAAAAGAAAUAAAAAAGUUUGUUUAUAUAAUAAUUACAUAAAUUUGUCCAAUAAAGUCACAAUUUACUGAUGAGCAAAUAACAAUGGAUGGCAUAACCACCAGUAUAAAUGCAAUAUUAAAAAAUUUGAUUAAAAAUUUUAAUACAUUACUCGAUUGUCCUGUGCGUUUUUCAGGCGAUUAUGAUGGAAAGAAAGUGCAUAAUUUUAUAGAAUAUAUUGAACAUUAUAAAAGAAUAAAGUGUAUAGGCGAUGAACAAGCUUUGCAAGAGCUACAAUUUUUAUUGUUGGAUCAAGCACAUACGUGGUGGCUUCGUAGAAAAGCAAAUUUAAAUACUUGGUCGGAAGCACUAACGAUCUUAGAAAAUCAAUAUUCCAAACGAAGGCCAGCUCAUGUAGUCUAUAUGGAAAUACUGAAACAUCAUUAUGAGGACUAUGAGACUAAGGAUGAUUUUAUUGAUGAUAAAAUUGAAUUGUUUAAUGAGUUGUCCCAACCUGAAUUAAGGGAGGAAAAUAAAUUACAAAUAAUUUAUGCGUUAUUACCAAAUGAAAUACAAAAUAAAGUGAAAAUUGUAGAUAUUAGUAAUAUAGAAGAGUUAAAAGAACAAUUAAAGUUAAUUAAAUUGGAUAGUGUUCAAAUGGCUGCUACUACAGAUGAUAAUGUAAUAAAUGAUACUAGCUCUACAGCAACAGAAACCGUAACACAAAAUAAUAAUGUCAAUAAGGACUCUGUUAAUCAAGAACCAAGUAAUCAGUCAACGAUUAUGUGCACGGAAAAGAAUGAAGAUCCUGAAAGAGAUCCUAUAAUUAAAGUAAGGCGAACUGAAGAUUUAAUGCCUUCUGAUAUUAAGGAAGAGGACGCCCCAACACAACAGGAAGAGUUUAUAAACACCGAUACUGAAACCGCAAAUAAUGCAAUACAUAUAAAUCACGAAGAUUUUCAUAUCGACUCGGAUAUAAUGAAUCAAAUAAAUAAUAUAAUUAAUGAAUCAGAAAUGAAUAUGAAUGCCAUAAACAAUGAUGUUGAAUCUCCCUCAGUUGUAAAACCAGUAACAAAUGGCAUUGCCUCUUUGGAACUACUAGGCUUUAAUAUAAGAACCAUCAACCAAUUACAAUCAGAAAUAACACACAAAACAUCUUCCGACAACCAAUGUAAUAAAACGUCAUUAAAUGUAACAAAAAAAUUAAAAAUACGUUGCUCUUAUUGUCGUAAGUGCAAUCAUACUGCACAGGUGUGCUUUAAAAGAGCCAAACAUAUGAAAGAAUUUCCAGAAAAAUUUUUGGGUUUAAAAACAAAAGAAAAUGAUAUUAUAAACUCAAAAAACAAUGAGGAGCCAAUAGAAACUAUGUCAUUAAACAAUACUAAUAUUAGUUCUUCAAAUGUUUCCACUGCUGAAACUAUCAUAAAAGUACCAACUAUUUUAUCAACUCAAUCAACCUCAAUACCUCAAACAUCGCUUACAACCACAUCUAGCGUCGUUACAACUUCAACUGCUGUGAUUUUAAAUAAUAUUCCUGAAAAGUGUAUUAACUCCUCGCUGUUGACAACAAAAUUAAUUGCACCUAUUAAUGGUAAAACAACAAACAAAAUUUUGACAUCAAAAUUACGCAACAUAAAUACACCAUCACCAAAAUGCCAUCAGUGUGGCACAGUGGGAUUUUACAAAAGCAUUUGUCCCAAUUGUAGUCCUAUAUAUAAUAAUAACAAUAAUAAUCAUAAUCCGUUUGGUAAAUAGUAAUUUUAGGAAAAUUGUAACUAUUGUAUAUAUGUACUUCUAUUUGGGAAGUAAUUUUAAUUUUUAAGUAUUUUAUUUACAGAAUUUAUUUGUUCUAUUCAAAAUCGGUGCCGUAUUGUUAUAUCAAUUGAUGUCAUAAAUAUAAAACUAAUUUAUUCCAAACAAAAAACAAAUCAAUAAUGAAUAAAUAACGACAUACUACGAUAUAAUCACACGACAUCGAUUGCGAAUUGGACAAUAAUUUUAUUUAUUAUUUUUGUAGUAUUUUAUAAAAAUAUAAAAUUAUUUUAUUUGUUUUAAUACUCUAAUGAGGUUUAUUGGUUUUAUUUAGAAAUAAAAAAAUUAGACUUAAUGAAUAAGAUUUAUUGUAAGAACCUGUAAUUCUUUUAAGAAUUGUAAAUUGAUUAUUGUAUUUCAAUUGUUAAUAAGAUUAUUUAAAUUUAAAAAUAAUGACAACUUGUAUAUAAGUCUGACUUUUUGUUAAAUAAGAGAAAUAAAAUGUUUAUAUUUUGCAUUCAACUUUGAAAUCCACUAAA